AUGGUCCGGCUCAGUGUUCUGUCCGUUGUUGCGUGGGCCGCGAGCCUCGCUCUCGCAUCCUACAGCCCGGCGCCGCUGGUGGGGAUCCGGACACGGAACCUCCCCGGCACAUCGGACGAGGACACGAUCCACUUGCUACUGCGCCGCCUCGCGGAAGUGGCGCACGAGAAAAGAGAGACCGUCUUCAAGAACAGCACGACCCUCGAGGGGAGCUGGAACGAGGCAAUCCUAUUCAGCCAAGAAAUCCCCCUCAACAGCAGCGUUGAAGAACUAGAGGCUGCCAUCAGCGUCGAGGUGAAAUGCUCCACCUGCUACUUCAAAGCCGGGGCCACGGCAGAGCUGAACAUCACCGGAUCCUUCGACUUGGGCAAUGCGACCCAGAACAUCACAGCACAGAUCGGCGAAGAGCUCAAGAACCUGACCGACACGUCGGUCGCCGCCAUCAAGACGAUCGCGGACCAGGUCUGGGACGAGCUCGGCGAUCUUGUCGACGGCGAUCUCAGCACCAAGUUCAGCUUCGAAGAGGCCUUCAGCUUCGACAAUGUGACCAUCGACACCGACAUUGACAUUGUGCUUCCUCCGCUUCCGGAAGUCCAGCUGCUGUUCCAGAUCGACUACUUGGACCUGUACGUCGCCAUCGACACGACAAUUGCUGCCGAGGCCACCUUGACGCUGCCGCUGUUCAAAACCCCGGUGAAUACACCGUUCGGACCGCUCGGAAUAUCGAUCAGCCCGGACCUGGAGAUUGGCAUCUUCGUGACGAUCGACUUGAUCCUCAGCGUGGAGGGCGAAAUCAGCCUCCGUUCGGGGUUUCAUCUCCUCGUUGAAGAGCCCAUCGGCUUCAAGAUUGCCAUGUUCAGCAGCGACGUAUCCGACGUCAUCUUCAACGGCGGGAAGUUCGAGUUCCUCCCCGUCACCAUCCUCAGCGGCGAAGUCGCGCUCAAGGGCGUCCUCCGCGUCGGCAUGCACGCGGGGUUCGACAUCAGCAGCGACAAGCUCCUGGUCGGCAACCCGUUCGACAAGACGGAAUGGACGGUCACGGCAGGCGUCGAAGUGGGCGUGUUCGCGCACGUGGCCGAGUUCCUGACCAACAUCACGGGCGGCGCCGAGCAGGCGGCGGCGGCCGAGGAGAAGGGCUGCGCCGUCCGGGUCGUGCAGGAGUACACGCUCGCGUUGGGUGCCGUCGCUGGCGCCACGCUCGCCGUGGCCGACCACACCUGGGCCGAGUCGCCCGCCACCACGGUGCCCAUCUUCUACACCACCCUCGCCGACGUCUGCGCCGUCACCGUCACCACAACCACAACGACCCCUUCCACCACCCUCCUCCUUCCACCCUCCUCGCCCACCGGUGUCGCCGCGCGCCAAGCACCACCCAACACCGACCUCACAACAACCACCAUCUCCACCAGGGCCCUCUUCACCGCCACAUCCUGCCUCUCCCCGGGUCUCAUCCUCUGCCCGCAGUCCCUGCAAACCACCUCCGUGCAGACCAAGACCCUGGCACUCGUCACGGCCGUGCCUGCGGGCGUCGAAGCCACCUUCCCGCAGACUACGGCGCCCACGGUGGCCAGCACCAUCCCCUUCGGCAAGGCGGCUAACACGCUGACCGCCACCUCUGGGUCGCCUGUUAGCUACGUGGCCCCGCCCCCGCCUCCGUCAAGCUCGCCGUCGGCGUCGGCGAGCGGGAAGGGGGGGAUUGGUGGGGUUGUGGAUGACAUUGGGGAGGUUUUUGACGGUGAGACUGGGGGCGUGUCGAAUAAGUUGAUUAUUGGGCUUAGUGUGGGGUUGGGGGUGCCGUUUGUGCUGGCGGUGAUUUCUGGGUUAGUGUACUGGCUCAGACGCAGGAGGUACACGCCUGUGCCCAAGUCGGAUAUGACGGCGGUGGAGUAUACUGGGGGACUUGGAGGAGCAGGAGGGGCAGGCGGAGCGUAUGACAGUCCCAUGGCGGCGGAGCGGGAGGGGAUGCUGAAGAAGGGCCCUGCUGUUACCAUUACGGUGCAGCAUUGAGGCAUGCCUGUGUACUUUGUGGAGGAGUGUGAUUAUGAUCAUUUUGGGAUCUUACGAUGGGAUCAUGGGUUGGUUAGGUAGCCUUGGAUUCCCAGAUGCACUGGUUGAAGGAUGAUGGCUCUGGGUUGGAUCAGGCUCGGUAUUGUGAUUCCCCUUGUUCGUUAGGUUGGUUCCGCGCGCCAUGCCGUUUGAGGGUCUGGCUUUCUUUCAAUGAAUCAGCCAUUAUGGCCGUGUUGAAGCAAGAUAGGCCUGUUCCCUGGCUCGAUUUGUGGCUCGGUCCAAUGAAGGGCCAUUGAGCGGCGCACGAAGGUGAUAGUAUGACAUAGCCAAGCCACACAUCCAGUCUUUGAGCCCUGAUAGCAUUUCACUUGUAUGAGCCGGAGCGGAGUGCCUUCUGCAAAUCGGCGGAUCUGCAUUGUCGGCGGGACGUUUGUAUCGGAUAUGGUGGAAUAGAAAGCCGGAACCGCCUUCGCACAGCC